GUGGACAAUACUGUGUACUUUGUAAUUCGGUUACUUCCCUUUUUUAAAACAUCUUCCAAAAUCUGAAUUAAGAUAAAUUAAAUAUAAGAUACAAGUUCACAUUCAGUGAUCGAAGCAGGAUUUUUGAAGUACCAAGCCAUGAAGUGGUAUUUUCAAUCCGACGCCCAAUUGAACAACAAAGGCAGAUGUUGCUCUUAAACCAACAUCAAUAACAUAUGCUUCCCGGUGAACAAUUUCCACGUCAGUGACUCAAAAAGUGUUCCAACUUUAAAAGCGACGAUGAGUAAAGCAGACGAAUAUGUCUUCAAAAUUCUUCUGAUCGGUGAUCGCGAUGUUGGGAAGACGAAGAUUCUGGAUCGGUUCUCAGAUGGCGUUUUCGACAGCAUGUCCAUUUCUUAUAUAAGAGUAAAGUUACAUAGUCGAUCUAUUGAGCUAGAUGGAAAAAUCGUCAAACUUCAGAUAUGGGUCAGCUUUGAUUGGUUCAAGCCUGGGAUAUUGGAAGUGGAAGUUCACCCGAGUGUCAUAGAUCGUUACUAUAAAGGAGUUAUGGGGAUCAUGCUUAUUUACGACAUCUGUAACGCAAAAUCAUUUGAUAACAUCAAACAUCAUAUUAGAAGCAUUGAAAGACACAUACAGAUAGAGGGAGCAUUCCGUGAUGUUGAGAUAAUGCUGCUAGGUAACAAGUGUGACAUUGAAGACGAGAGACAAGUACAUAAGGACACAGGAGAACGGUUCGCAGCGGAACACGGUAUGAAAUUCAUGGAAGUCAGCGCUCGUGCAAGCAUCAACAUAGAGGAAGCAUUUUUUACUCUGGCAAGACAGAUCAUGAAUAGAAAGGAGGAUGCAACCGGUUCUGAUGACUGUACACUCGAAGAUGGUUCUGACGAGCUUCGACCGAAGAAUUCAUGUGUUGUCCAAUGACAAACACUGUUUUGUGGCAAUAGCAUUUUAUAACAUGCUAUUGUACUGUAAUAUACGAUGUCUGUUUUGUUUUAAUUUUUGUACAAUGUUCAGGCUUUUUAAUGCAUUACCGCGCCUGUCAUACUAUAGUAAUAACACUUUCAUUCUUGUAUUGCAAUUGGACGAUCAUGCACAUUAAUACUUGUCACACGAGUUAUAUAAAUGUGAAUUUAUAUUACAACUUCUUUUUCAAACAAUUUAAAACCAAGCAUAAGUGUUCAAAUGUGUUCUUUAAUGUUUGAGUCUUAUUUGUAUGAACCAAUUUGUUGAAAGAAAAAGCAUUUUCUUUUAUGCUAUAUUUUCUCGAACUUUUAACGGAAACACUUGGUAAAAUCUUCUGUCAUGAAUACAAUAUUCUUGAACAGAAUAAUGAUAUAAAAAUGUUCGAAUGUCCAUGAUUUAACAAUGUCUGUUUAUGAAAUGUACUGUUGUACAUUUAUUGUAUGGAUACACUAGUUAUAAACAGACUGACACACAGACAGUUUAUUCAGACGUAUACACAAGUACAUCGUCUUCAUACUCAAAUAAACAAAUAAGUUAUAUUUGGUAACUGUUUACAUGAAUUUUAAUUUCGAAAGUAAAUGGAAGCAAGAACAUUAACUCUCUCUGAAAAUGCAAAGUAAGGAAACAAAAUGUUCAUUACCUUGCCAUUACAAACGUCUCAGUGAGCGUAAUGCUAAUGUUAGCUUCAUAUGUUGUGUAUUGAAGAUGUAUUGAUUAGCUAUUACAUUAAUAUAUGUGUAUCCAUUAUUUGAAUAAAAUAGUUUCAGUUCAUUCUUUCUGUACAGUACAUAUUGAAUUUGAUUAUUAAAUAUAAAUAGUAGAUGAAUUGAUUACAUGUAUAAACAGAUUUAUAAGUUAA